AUGUCCACCAAAAGUAUGUUCGCUCUUGACAGCGGACUCGGUCCUGGAUAUAACAACUCGUUUGGUUUCUCCCUCACUUUUGAAGGUGCAAUCCUAACCAUCGCGCCUCUGGGUGUUCUGAUUGCUGCCUGGCCAUUUCACAUUUGGCAUUACAGGAAGAGACCAGCCGUUGCCAAGACUGGGAUGCACUUCUGGCUCUUAAGGAUUGGGGCAAUCGCUCUCUUUUGCUUAGAGGUUGCUAAGGCGGUGGCCUGGAGAAUGGCUCCUGGCGGUGUAUUUGCAAUUUUCCAAGCGGCCAUAGCACUCUCAGCGGUUAGCGCUAUCGCUGUCUUACCAAUGAACACGCUAGAAUAUCGCCACUUGCCUCACUCUCCCUAG